ACAGAUUAACUACCAACCAUGAAGUGGGUGGUAUCAGCAUUUUUUAUUUUCCUACUUAGUUUUUCUGAAUCCAGAACAAUGCAUAGAAAUGCAUAUGGAAUAGCUUCCAUAUUGGAUUCUUCUCAAUGUACUAUGGAGGUGAAUUUACUUGACGCAUUUACCAUACUCUUUGCUCAGUUUGUUCAAGAUGCUUCUUAUCCAGAAGUCAGCCAAAUGGCAAAAGAUGUAUUGACUAAAAUUGAAAAACCCACUGGCAGUGAGCAGCCUGCAGGAUGUAUGGAAGACCAGAUAUCUACAUUUCUGGAAGAAAUUUGCCAUGAAAAGGAAAUUAUUGAAAAAUACAGACUUUCAAACUGCUGCAGUCAAAGUGGACAGGAAAGACAUGACUGCUUACUAGCACACAAAAACGCUGCUCCAGCAUCCAUCCCAGCCUUCCAAGUUCCAGAACCUGUCUCAAGUUGUAAGGCCUUUGAAGAAAAUAGAGGGGCAUUUAUGAAUCAAUACAUCUAUGAGAUAGCAAGAAGGCACCCCUACCUGUAUGCUCCUGCUAUCCUUUAUUUAGCUGGUCACUAUGCCAAAAUAAUUUCAUCUUGCUGCCAAGCUGAAAAUCCAGUUGAAUGCUUCCAAACAAAGGAAGCACCAGUUACAAAAGAAUUAAGGGAAAACAGCUUGUUAAAUCAACACAUGUGCGCAGUAAGGAGAACUUUUGAACCCAAAGUCUUCCACGCCAUAAUCAUCGCUAAAAUGAGUCAGAGGUUUCCCAGAGCAAAUUUUACUGAGAUUCAGAAACUGGUCCUGGAUGUGGUUCACUUGCAUGAGGAAUGCUGCAGAGGGAAUGUGCUGGAGUGUCUGCAGGAUGGGGGAAAAGUUAUGUCUUAUAUAUGUUCUCAGCAAGAUGCUCUGUCAAGCAAAAUAACAGAAUGCUGCAAAUUGCCCAUGCUUGAACUUGGUCAAUGCAUAAUUAGGGCAGAAAACGAUGACAAACCUGAAGACUUAUCUUCAAAUCUAAAUAGGUUUCUAGUAGCUAGAGAUUUCAGUCAACUUUCUCCAAAGGAAAAAGAUCUCUCCAUGGCAAGAUAUACUUAUGAAUACUCAAGAAGGCACCUUGAGCUUGCUAUUCCUGUAAUUCUAAGAGUGAUUAAAACAUACCUGGAGUUAAUGGAGAAAUGUGCUCAGUCUGAAAACCCUGUUGAAUGCCAGGAUAAAGGGGAAGAAGAGUUGGAAAAACAUAUACAGGAAAGCCAAGCAUUGUCAAAGAGAAGCUGUGGCCUCUUCCAGAAAUUAGGAAAAUAUUACUUGCAAAAUGCAUUUCUUGUUGCUUACACAAAGAAAGCCCCUCAACUUACCCCACUUGAACUGAUGACCUUCACCAAGAAAAUGGCAACUGCAGCUGCCACCUGCUGCCAACUCAGUGAAGACAAACAGCUGGCCUGUGGUGAGGCAGCGGCUGAUCUUAUUAUUGGACAAUUAUGCAUCAGACAUGAAGAGACACCUAUAAACUCUGGUGUUGGCCAGUGCUGCACUUCUUCAUAUGCCAAUAGGAGACCAUGCUUCAGCAGCUUGGUGGUGGAUGAAACAUAUGUACCCCCACCGUUCUCUGCUGACAAGUUUAUCUUCCAUAAGGAUCUGUGCCAACCACAGGGUGUAGCACUGCAGACAAUGAAACAACAGUUCCUUAUUAACCUUGUGAAACAAAAACCACAAAUAACAGAAGAACAACUUGAAGCUGUCACUGCAGAUUUCUCUGCUCUGAUGGACAAGUGCUGCAAAGGUGAAGUUCAUGAAGCUUGCUUUACAGAAGAGGGCCCGAAACUGAUUUCAAAAACACGUGCUGCUUUGGGAGUUUAAAUUACUUCAGGGGGAAGACAAGAAGACAACAUAAGUCUAUGGCUUGGUUUACACUUUCCUUUUUAAUUCUAAGUGGCUUAUUUUGUGAAUUAACAAAAUGCUGAAGACUUUUUUUUUUUGGUGAAAUUUUUCUAUAUAAAAAUAAAGUAUUUCCAGCAUUAUC